UGGUGACACUAGGCGAAACAGCUCGAACCUUCUCACUUUUGGCUUCUCACUGCAGCUUCGACGUCGGGGUUUUGCCACUGCCAGAGCGCCGUCUCAGACUUAAUACUCCAAAGAAUUUUGGCAGAUCACCCCCUCAGCAGGGUCCUCUGCUGGGUGCGUCCCACAUCCCGAGCCCAGCUCGUGGACACAACUGGAACUCCAGAGACCCAGUCCCCUCUGCUCCGUCAGCCAAAUUCUGAGAAGGUCUGCGCAUCGCCGCCGGGAUGAAGCUGGUUCCCGUCGCCCUCAUGUACCUGGGCUCGCUCAUCUUCCUAGGCGUGGACACCGCACGGCUCGACGUGGCGGCAGAGUUCCGAAAGAAAUGGAAUAAGUGGGCGCUAAGUCGUGGAAAAAGGGAACUUCGCGAGUCCCGUAGCUACCCCACCGGGCUCGCCGACAUGAAGGCCGGGCCUGUCCAGACUCUUAUUCGGCCCCAGGACGUGAAGGGCGCCUCUCGCAGCCCUCAGGCCAGCAGUCCUGACGCAGCCCGCAUCCGAGUCAAGCGCUACCGCCAGAGUUUGAACAACUUCCAGGGCCAGCGGGGCUUUGGUUGUCGCUUCGGGACGUGCACGGUGCAGAAGUUGGCGCAUCAGAUCUACCAGUUCACGGACAAGGACAAGGACGGAGUCGCCCCCAGGAACAAGAUCAGCCCUCAGGGCUACGGCCGUCGACGCCGACGUUCACUGCCCGAGGCCGGCUUGGGUCGGACUCUAUUACAGCCUCCAGAGCCAAAGGCGCGAGGGGCCCCGGACUCCCGGGUGCAUCAAGUAUUUGCCACCCUCCUUAGGAUUUAGGCGCCUGGGCAGCAGCGAACAGUCGCGCACGCCUCUCGCCGGCACCUCUCGGGCGGGAGGGCUUCCGCGAGCCGAGCCCCUCACUCAGCCCGUGGGCCCGGGCUGAGAACAGCCCCGAGAGACCGAAAGUCCAGGAGGCACCGUCCGGCAGCCAGCGAGCACUGGCUUUGCAGGAACGCGUCCUCCGCGGCGGAGAGACAGUGUUCUCUCCAUACUAAUUGGGGCCAGGUGCCCAGGGUGGGGAGGUGGGUGCAGAGGGAAUCCAAAGGAGCGUCGUCUGCCAGGCUCACGGAGAGGAGAAACUGCGAAAUAAAUGCUGAGACCCUCAGAGGCAAGGGUCUGAGCCACUGCCGUGCCCGCCCACAAACUGAUUCCUGAUGGGGUGUCACCCCACCGGGGUGCAAGCCUCACUAUUACUUGAACUUUCCGAAACCUAGAGAGGAAAAGUGCAAUGAGUGUUGUAUAUACAGAGGUAAUUAUCAAUAUUUAAAUUUGUUGUUGUCAAAGAUUUUUUUGUAACUUCAAAUAUAGAGAUAUUUUUGUACGUUAUAUAUUGUAUUAAGGGCAUUUUCAAGCAAUUGUAUUGUUCCCCUCCCCUCUAUUUUAAUAAGUGAAUGUCUCAGCGAGAUGCAACGUUGUUUGCUGCGUGGAAUGUGAGAGUGUGUGCGUGAAAGAGAUGAGUUACCUCUUGUGGAAGAAGAAAACACCAUGUCUGUAUAAUCUAUUUACAUAAAGUGGGUGAUUUAAGAAGUAGCAAACCAAUAAACUGUCUCAGUGC